AUGGCGGACAAGCAAGCAACCAGCUUCAACCCGGAUUCGAUGAACAACAAGCAAGGAGAAUUCCAGCCAACGAAGCCCCGCAGUGAACCUAUGGAGAAAGGAGGUCACCAGCCAGGCCAGCUAGUCGGAAACGACGCAGCUCCAGAGUUCAGUGCAAAGACAUUACCUCCAGGCACUGCUCCCAAAGAAUCCACCUUCAAACCAAACCCAGUGAACGAGAUCCCAGGUCAAGCCAACAACCCAGACGUCGAAAGUGCUCCUGAUAUGUCAGGCGCCUCCAAAGCUCUGGAUAUGCCGGGAGCUACGUCUGCAGAUGUGCACACCGGUCUCGGUCACCCAGGUCAAGGUCAGACAAGCUCAGAGUUGAAGGAGUCUGGAAAGAGUUCCAAUAAGGGACAGGGAACUGGUGAGGGUGGUACAGGUAUGCAGGGCCCAGAGAGCGAGGAGGCAAAGAAGCUUCAGCAAGAUCACGUGCCUGGACCUAAGACAACUAGAGAGCACAACAUUUCGCUUGAUGGUGCUGAGAGCAAAGAGCCAGUCCAUGCUGAGGAGGUGUCGGCUUUGGGCCAGCAGACGAGAAAGGGUGACUAUGAUCGGGCUGCGGAGAAGCCUCCAGGCAGCAACUCAUAG